AUGUCUCGCCUAGACCUCAUAAUAUUUGGCGCGACGGGCUACACCGGUAAGAACGCAGUGAAGGAGCUGUGUCGCGUUUUGAAGAACAACGCGUUCACGGGUCUGACGUGGGGCGUCGCCGGUCGCUCGGAGAGCAAACUCGACGACGUACUCCGUGAGGUUUCUAAGAAAACUGAAGAAGACCUGUCAUCGAUAAGGAAGGUGAUAGCAGAUGUCAGUGAUGAGAAGUCGUUGACAGAUAUGUGCCUACAGUGCAAAGUAAUAGUUAACUGUUGCGGGCCGUACCGUAACUAUGGCGAGCCGGUGGUCAAGGCGGCGAUUGAGGCGAAGACUCACUACGUGGAUGUUAGUGGUGAACCAGAGUUCAUGGAAACAAUGCAACUGUUUUACAAUGAACGAGCGCGCGAAGCAGGCGUCUAUAUCAUAAGCGCUUGUGGGUUCGACAGUAUCCCGAACGAUAUGGGAGUCAUCUUCCUGCAGCAAAACUUCGGUGGUACAGUGAACUCAGUGGAGUCGUACCUCACAGUGAUGGCUCCCAAGAACCCCAGCGGGGGGUACAUCAACUAUGGGACUUGGGAGACAUUGGUGUACAGCUUGGCCAAUUACAGCAUGUUGUCAAAACUAAGAAAGAAACUGUACCCGACACCUAUGCCGGAUUUCAAACCCAAGUUGACGCGUAGAAGACUGCUGCACUCACACAACUCGGCGUACACCCUACCGUUUCCGGGCUCCGACGGGGCAGUGGUGUACCGUACACAACGAAGCCUAUACGAACACGAAAGCCAAAGACCGGCUCAGUUUAAAGCCUAUGUGACAUUCCCAUCCCUGUUUAUGGGGCUGAAAACCCUAUUUGGGGCUAUAGUGUUGUAUCUCAUGAGUAUGCUGUCGUGUACGAGAGCGCUACUUCUACGUUAUCCGCGAUUGUUUUCUGGAGGCACGGUGUCCCGAACCGAGCCAAGUGAAACGGAUGUUCAGGAGACUCGUUUUUAUUUUGAACUGUUAGCUGAAGGUUGGGCGGGAGACGACGCCGACCUCACCAGCCCGCCCAAUAAAACCAUGACUGCCAAAGUAACAGGUUCGAACCCCGGCUACGGAGCAACUGUCGUCGCUUUGCUUUUCUCCGCCAUCAUGAUCCUUCGCGAGCAAGAUAAAAUGCCAAAAUGCGGAGUACUGACGCCUGGUUACGCUUACAGAAAGACAAGCAUCAUACAGCAUCUCAACGAAAAUAACCUCAAAUUCGAAAUCGUUUCUCGCGAUAGCGAAAAACAAAACGAAAAAUAAGUGAAAAAAAAAAACAAAAAAAGUGAAAAAAAAAAAUGAAAUAUUAUUACUUCAAAUGAUUUUUAGUUUUCUAUUGUUAUAAGUUAUAAUCUAAUAAUAAUAUUUUUUAUUAACACUCGUAAACGAUUGCAAACUAA